GGCGAGCCGAUGGGUGGCGGAGAUGCAGUUGAGGGCUCCACUGAAGGCUGAGUACGACCACAAGAUGCAGGGCCAGAACCCACCGCCUGACCAGGUGCGCCAUGCCUUCACGCCACCAAGGACAGACACAAAGGGCGCCGAUCAGAUCAGACAGAGGGAGGGAGGGCUGGAACGGGAGAAGCAGCACUGGAAGCAUGCCUGAAGAACGCUGCGGAGAGGGAGGAGAAUCGUGCUGCGUUGUGUGGUUGUGGUUGCGGUUGUGUGUGGUGCACCGCAGGCGUGGGAUGAGCAUUCGAGGGCGACGGCGCUCUCGCAGCUCAAGAGGCUGGACAAGAACGUCAGCGGCAUCGUCGCUAUGGUGCGUACGCCAGACACAGAAGGAAGCAACGAGGGAGGGAGGGAGGGAGGAGGAUGCCGUGGCACUCAGUCACCCACUCAAACCAUCGUGUCACGCUUCUUCGUGUGCGUGUGGGUAUGGGUGUUCCAUUUACUCAUCAGGCUUCCUAUGUGUCAGUGUACCGGCUCAACACCGCAAACAACUGGGAAAGGUGCGACCGUCAGCCAGCUGAAGGGUUGGGCGGUCUGGCGCUGACACCACGUGCCUCUGUUGGCUGUUGGUUGGUCAGAGCGGAGAUCGAGGGGACGAUCUUCAUUGUCAACUGCAAGGGGGAGCCGAGGUAAUGCGUGUCACACACCGACACUCGUUGCGUGUCUGUCCAUUGAUCGCCCCAUCUUUGACCUCUGCGUGUGUGUCCCUCCAUGCCAUGUAUGUACUUGUGGUCUGUCUGGUCUGUCUGGUCAGGCACAAGGUGGUGGUUCUCAACCAGAAGAGCCUCGACAACCUCAGCGAGGCCAUCACUAACAGCUGGGAAAUGAACACCCAACAGAACUACAUCUUCUGGCGGGACGAGGCCAUCCCGCAGCAGGUGGGUUCGGUUGGUACCCACCGCCAAGCAAAGCAAGACAAGACGCCACCCCAUCCCCUCACACCGCCAUUCUCUCUCUCUUCCCUCCCUGCCGUGUGGGUAUGUUAUGUGUUAUUACUGUCAGCAACGUCGCGUCUUCGGCAUUUGGUUCUUCCACGACGAGGAGCGGCGGCGCAUCCACGACGUCCUCCAACGGAUCAUCAGCGACCGGACCAAGCCAGAGCCGGAGCCGCACCCCAAGACGGCCGACCUGCCCGACCUCCCCUCCAACAUGGAGCGUGUCAACCUCAGGGACAUGUCAACCGUCCCCCCAGGACUCCCACUCACCAACGCCAGCGCCCCAGUGGUGCAGCAGCAGCAGCAGCAGGCCAACGGCGAGGCGCCCCAGCCCAGCGACCCACAGAGAGCGGGGAAGGAGAUUUUGAAUCUGCUCGGCAUUGGGGGCGGCGGAGGGGGCGAAGAGAACAAGCAAGACGAGACCACUGGUGGGGCCCCGGCAGCGGCGGCGGCUGCAGCAGCAGCUGCUCCUGCAGCUGCUGUUCCCGCCACGCCAGCUGCGGGGACCAAUCCCAGGAAUCUCAUCUUCGGGCUGCUCGGCAUGGUGGGCGAGUCACCUAUCUACCCUACACCAUCUUCACUUCAGACAGACAUUCACCCACACCUGUCUGUAUCUGUUGCGUUCGUUGCAUGUGUCUGUCUGUCAGAACACCGGAGGUCAGCAGUCGCCCUUCCAGCCGCAGACUCCCGGCGACCCCGAGCCAUCGCCCGAGCAGCCGCCUCCACACGAAGGCGGCACCCUGCCCGGCCGACCGCUGCCCUUCUCGCGAGACAAGUCCAGACGCCCCGAGGAGCUGCAGCCGUCGGAUGGCGGCCCGCUGCGGGACAUCAUGUCGAUGAUGCACCCACAUGGCCCUCCGCCCCCUCCGCCACCACCGGAGCGCGACGAGAGGCAUGAGGGCGGUUUGCGCGUUGGCGGGCCGGCGGAUGGCAUUGGACUGUGGGGUCCGCCACCGAGGGAAGGGGCAGGUGUGGGUGGGGCAGGUACGUUCGCGGCGAUGCCCAUGCCGAUGCCAUCGGCUGGCGGGGAGAGGGCGGUCGCUCCGCAGCCGCCGGCAAGGACAGGUGGGGAUGGAUGGCACACGUGCCAAAGGGAUGGACGGGAUGGGCUGUGAUAUCUCCUGCCCGCUACUCUUCGUGUGUUGUGCAGAUUUCCCUGGUGCGUUUGUUGACCAUGAAGUGCAGAAGCCCGUCGCAGCAGCAGCUGCUGCUGCCGCUGCUCCAGCUGGAAGGGUACGUCAAACACACAAGACGCUCUCUACUCUUCUCGUGCAUGAUAGCCAUUCCCUGCCUCUUUCUUCCUUCUCGUUCUCUGUCUGUCUGCAGAGUCCGGGUGAGCCCCACCGUGUGCCUCUGUCAAUGGACCAGCCGACGAUGGGUCCCUCCCCGGCCACCGUGCCCAUGCCGAUGCCCGUCCCGAUGCCCAUGCCCAUGCCGGUGCCGACCACGCCCUCGCCGCCACCCGGCGUCACGCUGCAAGACCAAGACCACACACAGCAGAUGGCGUCCAUGCCCAUACCUAUGCCCAUGCCGCACCAACAGGAGGUCCAGCAGGCCAGGGGACCGCCUCCCGCCGCUGCAGCAGCGGCUGCUGCUGUUGGCGCGGCCGUGUCUGGUGCUGCUGGAGUCGAUGCCAUAACUGUGACGCGUGAUGAGAUGCAGGAGGCGUUCCGGCGUGUGCUGGCCUCUGAAGGGUUUCUCGACCUGCUGUGGGGGCAGCUGCACCGGAUCAAGGCCGCCGAGAGGGAGGGGUACGGGCGGCCCAACGGCACGGGGACAGGGAGUGCGGCAAGUUUGGGUAGUACUGCGAGGGGCGGGGCUCCGCGGGGGACGCCCUAUGAGGGCAUGAGGCAGAGGUGACGGGAUGACAUCGUGACACAUAGGCAGGUGCUGCGGUUGCGAUGAGCCAGCCAGGAGCUGUGGUGUGGUGUGGUGUCGUGUGGGGGACGGUGGGUGAUGGUGAUUGACUGACUGGUCGUUUCGUUUGUUUUUGGUGCUUUUCCUGUGAGUGAAGGCAUAAGCCAGCUGGAUUGUGUGUGUCGGGUGUGUCCUGCAGAACCUGCUCGGCGACUGUGUCAUGGCGUGACGCGGCAAUGCCCACGCUGUGAUAUGGGUGCCGACGAGGGUUUGGCGGACACAAAACGACGCACCCAGAGAGAGAAGGAGAGAGAGCGUUGGGUGUCGCUGGGGCUGUCUCCUUGACUCGCGGGCAGUUCCUUUGGUCUGAUGAAUGGGCAGCCAAGCUGGGUGAGAGAGGAUGGUCGGGCGAAGGUGUAGGCUCACAGACAGACAGACAGACAGCUGCUACGGAUACCCUCACACACACACACACACACGCUCACAGCUACGUAAGUACUUGCAUAAGUCUCACGUACACGCACUCACGCCAUUUGUCUGUCUGCCCGUCUGCAUGUCUGUCUUUCUGCUGAUGCAUCCAAUGCGGCGAGUGAGUGAGGCUCCUGGACCGACACGUGACGUGUGUGCCCCGUGCGUCCAUGACAUGAACGAACGAGUGGUUUAAGCCAUGGUUAACUCAGUGAACUGACUGACCCCA